AUGGAAGUCUCCAGCGGCAACGCCUUCCUCCUCCACCGGGACGCGGCGCUGAAUUCCGUCACCGUCGGCUACCACGACCCCGCGCGCGACCCCUCCUGUGCCUCCCCGCGCGCUCGCGCCUCCGUCGCCGACUCAGGGCACACCCCGGGCGCCGCAGCGCCCACGCACAUCUCCUGGCUCCACGAGGCCGCGUCCACGCACGCGAAGAAGUAUGCCGGCCAGGAAGGCGGGCAGCCCGAGUCGCCGGCCUCCGCGCGCCGCCUACCGGGUCUGUCACUCCCUCCCGACGCUCUGUCGUCGCGGCGGUGCUCCGGGCUGAUGGACCCGGCCGCGAACGCGCGCGGGUCCGCCGGCCUCGUGGACGACGCCGCGGUGUUCUCCGCGAGCGCGCGCGUGAGCGCCGUGGGCGCCCCGGACGCGCCGGGGGACCCGUCGGACAGCACGCGCUCCGUGCGCCGCGAACGCGCGACGCCGCUCCUGCCGCAGCGCACGCGCGCCGCGCUGCGCAGCGGCGUGCCCAGCGAGCUCCUGCUCCUCAGCCAGUCCGCCCACGGGCGCGCCAGCAGCCGCGGAACGCACACGCCCACGCCGACCUUCAGCGGCCCGCGACGCACCGGCUUCAGCGCCCGCGCGGAGCCGCAGCAGCGCAGCGUGACGUGCAACGGCGAGAGCGCCCGCGCGGAGCCGCAGCAGCGCAGCGUGACGUGCAACGGCGAGAGCGCGGGCCCGAAGGGGCUCUCGCCGGCCUCGGUCGCGAACACCCCCUCUGUCAAGGUGUUUGCGAAGUCGUCGUCGGCGCGCACCGAAACGAGCCGCGGGCGGCUCAUCGACAACGCCGCGGACCUCGAGGCGGACGCGGAUGCGGACGCGGAGUGCGUGGCUGCGGGCGCCGCGGCGCCGCGCCAGGGCCGGUCGGUGAGGGUCUCGCACAUAGGCCUGAGUCAGGCGGGGCUGCACACCGGAUCGAGCACUGGGCGGGACAGCUCGGCGACGCCGAACUACAGCCGCGUGAGCAACGUGUCGGCGCUGGGGCCCGUCAAGUCGACCUGCGAGAGCCCGCGGUACGUCGGCACGAUCGCGGAGUCGGGCCCGGGGGCGGCGUCGGCGGCGGAGCCCGCGAGGGAGGCGAGCACGGCCGGCGCGGGCAAGAAGAAGUCGCGCGGACUGUUCCGGUGUCUGGGGAAAAAGGUGACGGCGGUGGUCGCGGAGUGA